AUGGUGGCCAAAAACUCGAUCGAGUGUGACUCAUACAACAAGCUAAGUCUUCCGGUGAGACCAAGCGUCCUCGUGGACGCCGUGUCACGCGAAGCUAUUGUUGAGAAGAUCAAAGAUGCUGCAAAGAAGUGGGGAAUUUUCCAGGUGAUCAAUCAUGGUAUUCCUUUAAGCGUUCUUGAAGAGAUCAAAGAUGGAGUUAUAAGGUUUCAUGAGGAAGAUCCUGAGGUUAAGAAAUCUUACUUCUCAAGAGACUUCUCCAAACCAUUUAUCUACCACAAUAAUUUUGAACUGUACAGUUCCUCUUCUGGUAACUGGAGAGACAGCUUCGGUGGUUACAUGGCUCCUAAUCCUCCAAAACCUGAGGAUCUUCCAUUAGCUUGCAGGGAUGCAAUGAUUGGUUACUCGAAUCAUGUGAUGAGCAUAAGUAGUUUGCUCUUUGAGCUUCUCUCAGAAGCUCUUGGUUUGAGCUCUGAAAUGCUUAAGAGUAUGGAUUGUAUGAAGAGUUUACAUGUGAUCUGCCAUUAUUACCCUCCAUGUCCACAACCUGACCUAACUUUGGGCACAAGCAAGCAUUCCGACAACACCUUUAUCACCAUCCUUCUUCAAGAUCAAAUCGGAGGUCUUCAAGUUCUUCAUCAAGACUGUUGGGUCAACGUCUCUCCUAUUCCUGGAGCACUUGUCAUCAACAUUGGAGAUUUUUUGCAGAUGAUGACGAACGAUAGGUUCAUAAGCGUGGAGCAUAGGGUGCUUGCAAACAAAGUUGGACCAAGAAUUUCAGUUGCAUGCUUUUUCAGCUCGAGUAUGAAUCCAAAUCCAAUUGUUUACGGACCAAUCAAAGAGCUUUUGUCUGAAGAAAACCCUCCGAAAUACAGAGACUUCACUGUACCAGAGUACACAAAGGGAUACAUUGAGAAAGGUCUUGAUGGAACAUCGAAUUUGUCGAAGUUCAGGAUUUAA